AUGCGUCGCCUACCGAGAUUACAGCGUCUCCGCUGUCCCUCCACCAUCACGACUCAAACCACAACCUCUCCCUUCCACCGUCCCCUCUCCACGACCCGCGCCGCACAGCUCGCCCCCACGCGCCGCACUCUCACCUCCGACGAAAAGAAGCGCCAGGAAAUGCUCGAGGCUCUCGAGCGCGAUCGCCAAAGCGCACUCGAGCUGCAAUCCCAAGCAUCGUCCCAGGCCGAGCUAGCAGAGGAGGAAGCCAUCGACGAGGAUUCCCUGAUCGCUGCGGCGGCCAAGAUCGUCGUGCCGCCCGAUUUCUCUUACGCGCCGAACCCGAACCAGGCGACGGAUUACAUCCCCGCCAAGACGGCCGAGGGACUCGAAGAAGUCGGAGGGCUCGAAGGAUGGUGGGAGGAGGCGGGACAUUGGGGCGACGUUGAUCGGUUGAGUGUUUUCUCAGUGCCGAGGAGCUAUCCUGGAGGUGUCCAGGUCGUUACGGAUGCGGCUGUUUUGGAGGUUCUGUUGAGGCAGGCUGUUGUCGAGGCGUUGGUUGUGCAGGGGAAGAAGGGCGAGGAGAUGUUGAGGGGACGGUGGGGAGGUUUGGAGAAAGGGGACACAUUGAGGGCUGCGGGCGUGGAGUUGAAGGUUUCGGAGGCGGGGGAUGUUACGCUGACGGGAGAUCUUGGUGCUGUUCUUUCUGGCCUGGAAGCGUCCGCGGGUGAGGCUGAGGCUGUUGAGGCUGAUGCUGCUGACGAGGCUGCUUUAGAGGGCGCCGCUGAGCAGGAGGUUGUCGAGGAAGAUGUCUUGACGGCCGAAGAGGCUCGCGAGGUCAGCAAGUCCUGGGAUAGCUCCUGGAAGCAGAUUCCCGUGACGAACCCAGCUCUCAAGUUUGCCAUCCAUAAACGUCUCUACCAGCUCUCCGGCCAGUACAUCCCCGACGCUAAGCUCGCCCCCGCCCGCACGGCCCAACACAUCCUCUCCCUCGUCUCGCGACCCCCCAAGCCCCGCAAGCUCAUCGAGGUCAUCCAGCAACAACACCAGCGCCGCGUCGCAUCCGACUCUAAGUCCGCCUCCUCCUCUCCAGACCUGUUCAACCUCCCCAACGUCAAGGUGUACGGCCGUCGCGUGACGCCCAUCGACAAGGAGGUCUGGGUUGGUAGGUGGAAGGUCAUUGAGGAGGAGCUGCGGAAGAGGGAUCUGCCUGUUACGGGAACGGGCAAGUAUGGCAAGGCGAAGGAGAAGGCUUGGCUUAUGGGUAAGCCCUGA